ACCAUAAAUCUAAACUCUUGUUUUGGAUUUACUAAAAACAUGAAAAAUGAAGUUCUUGUUCAGUGUUUAAAACUUCACUCAGUACGCUACUGUCGUUAUUAGCGGGUUUGAGGUAUUUCAGAAAACUUAAGAUGUUGGGUUUUAUAAAUUUUAAAACCAUUACUCAUCUUUAAAUCUUCGUAAAAACGCUGGUCGUACAGAUCGUGCAAUGGUGGACCUAAUAUUUGUUGUAAACAAUACACACAACUUCCAUCGAGAUAAUUUAGCAAUAAAUCCAGAUCAUUAUUCAUCAAUUCGUUACUUAGGACCGUCUGUCGUAUCAAGUGUUCAGUCUUCAUUUGGUGCUAAUGUUUAUUUUAAUACUCAUAUCACAGUAGACAAUUUAAUAUUCAAGUAUGGUGUUAUAGAUAUAAAAGAUUUUUCUCAAGAUUUACAAUCAUGGUGUACACUUUACAUAGCAGGUCGACUUCACAAGCCCGUGUUAACACUACGUGAUAAAGGAUUAAGUGAUUUGAUCGUGCAUAAUUUAAGAAGCGCUAUGCAUGCUGCCCUUCUUCAGUUACCCGAAAAAUUUACAGAAACAGAUUUAUACAUUGCUAUUGCAGGUCUAUCGUAUCGAGGAGAUUUUCGUAUGAUUAUUGGCGAAGACAAGAACAAAGUGGCCAACAUUGUACAACCUCAAAUAGAAAAGUUUAGGGCAUUAUACACCCCAGUUUUUAAAUCAAUGAGUGAUAAGUUGUCUAUUAAUUCAUUUGUAGAACAGGACAAGAGUUUGGAGAGCAAAUUGUAUCAUUUACAAAGAUUACCACAAAAUUUGAAGAAUAUUUUAUUCAGAUCUUAUAAAAACAAAUUUAAUGAUGACAGAAUAUUAGAAGAAUUAGCAAAACAAAAUGAUAUUAGUAAAAUUGUGCGCUAUGGUAUUUAUAGAAUAGUAUUUUAUUCAAGUCUUAUGCAAAGUAUAAAAGGAAUACCAACAGCCGGCUUAUUGAAGUCUGUUGUCUAUAGUUAUAGCAAAUUAAACAAAAUGGUUAAAUCUAUGUUUUUAUAACUUAAUGUGAUUACUUUAAU